CGGCUAAUUUCAUUUUCAAAACAAACGAGCUCCGAAGCACAUGUGUUUACCGACUCUGCCAAACAGUGGUGUUCUCGUGUUUCUGCUGUGUUUUUCGUUCUAAUUAAUUUAACUUUUCCCACGUUUUACCUAUCGAAAUAAACACCCACAAUGACGGAUUUUGACGCCCGAAGUGAAGACUCUGAUUCAAGUUAUGUUUCCUACGACGAGGAUGACGAGUUACGAGAAGCCUUGGCAAAGGGUGUCCUAAAGCCCGGCCUCAACGUAAUAGCGAAGAAACGUGUGGACCCGGUUAACAAUCCAAUCAAACUGAAAGCUGCGUUGGAAUCCAUUAUCCUCAAGGCCCCAUGGGUGGAAAGACUGGACCUGGUGAAUGAAUUAGCCCCAAUCACACCGGAGCUAGCCAUCCAGAUGGAAAAGCACGAACAGAAACGCGAAAACCAGUUCAAAGGCAACAAGAAAAUACCCUACGUCGCCCCUGAACAGGAUCCGGUGUUGAAUGAUUUCAAGCGGGAAAUUCUUUUCCACCGGCAAGCGCAAGCAGCUGUUGUGGAAGGCAUCAAGCGACUGCACGAUAUGGGAGUUCAAACUAAACGUCCGGACGAUUAUUUUGCCGAGAUGGCCAAAACAGAUGAGCAUAUGCAGCGCAUCCGGAAAGUGCUGCUGGCCAAGCAGGAAGGUAUCGCAAAGUCCGAGCGCACUCGACAACUUCGAGAACAGCGCCGCAUUGGCAAGUUGAUUCAACGGCAGACCACCGAGAAACGUGACGAGGAGCGAAGGAAGAUGUUGGACGACAUCAAGAAGUUCCGCAAGGGCAAGCUAUCGAAUCUGGACUUUUUGGAUGACGACGAGGAAGGCGGCGGCAAGAAAAAGAAGAAGGGAACCGUGCGAGGUGCGGGCGGAAAGAAGCAGGUUAAUUCGAAGAGAGCGGCCAAGAACGCCAAAUUUGGGUACGGUGGCAAGAAGAAAGGAUCGAAACGGAACGACAAAAAGUCCUCCAUGGGUGACGGUCCGAAGAGGAAGGGCGGUGCUGGUGGUGGAGGUGCCGGUGGUAAGAAACGGUUGGGUAAGAGCAGACGGGCGCAAACAAAGAACAGGGGUAAGUGAGAGAAACUAUUCAUUAAUUUGCCUAAAUAUAUAUAUUUGUUCAGUAAGUUUAA